ACCAUGAAGUCUAUCUCUCCCUCUGCAACAUUCACCAUAUCCAACAACUACUCAUCAUUCAAACAUCUCAAAGCCCAAUCCGAAACUCCUUAUAAUACCAAUCUCAGAUUCCCAUUCUCACAAACCCAUCAAAACCCAUCGUCUUAUUCUCUCACUUGUUGCAACUCUUCUUCUAUCAAACCAUGUUCAGCUUCGACUUCAACUUCAACUUCAACUUCAACUUCCCGCCACUGGAUGGUGCUCAUGGAGACUCCCCCACAAGGGGUCACUUCCAAACAACAAGUGAUGGAGCACUAUGUUAAAACCCUUCAAACAGUUUUGGGCAAUGAGAAGGAUGCUCAGAUGUGUGUAUAUGAUGCUUCUUGGGACACCCAUUUUGGCUUCUGCUGCGAUGUUGAUUAUCAAACUUCCCAGAAGCUUGCAAGUUUACCAGGUGUUUUAUUGGUUAAGCCCGACCCGGGUUUUGGUUCUUUGAAGAAGGAUUACAGUUUUUCAAAUGUUCAAAGUGCGAGUACAAUGUUAUUUCCACUUGGGAAUACCAAGCACUGGCUUGUUCGAAUGGAUACACCGGGGGUCGGGGUUGUUACAAAGGCCCAAAUGGUUGAUUAUUAUGCUCAAAUACUAACAAAGGUCUUGGGAAAUGAGAGGGAUGCGCAAAUGUGUAUGUAUCAUGUUUCUUGGCAAUCUAACUUUGGGUUCUGUUGUGAACUUGAUGAAGAAUCUGCCAGAAAUCUGGCAAGUGUUCCUGGUGUUUUAUCUGUUCAGCUAGACAAGAAUUAUGACUCGGAAAUUAAAGACUAUGGAGGUAAUGACAUAAAGAAACCUAAGGAUUUGGCUGGGGAGGCAAGUCAAACAACCCCCACAAGAACAAAGAAGCUUUUUGUGACUGGUUUAUCAUUUUAUACAUCUGAGAAAACCCUCCGAGAAGCAUUUGAAGGCUUCGGUCAGCUUGUUGAAGUAAAAAUUAUAAUGGACAAGAUCUCUAAAAGGUCCAAAGGCUAUGCAUUCAUAGAAUACACUACCGAAGAAGCUGCUGCUGCUGCACUCAAUGAAAUGAAUGGCAAGAUCAUUAAUGGCUGGAUGAUAGUUGUUGAUGUUGCCAAGACUAGCCCUCCAAGGUAUAGCAGAGGCCAAAGCAGAUCAACAGCCACCAGAUGAAAGUAAGAGAAAUGAAAACAUUUGACCCAAAAAGUGAAGUAUGUUUGUAACCAGCUUUUUUUUUAUGUACAAUGUUCCUGUGUGCCCCCUUACAGAAGAAAAAAUUGAUAAUUACGUUGAAAAUCAAUAGCUUUCUCAUUUCUCAUGCUACCCUUCUAACACUGAAAGUUUUCAUGAGUCAUGACAGAGCAUGUGGAGUGUUUCCUGAUGACUAAGAAAAUUUGAAAUAUAUGAAAAUUUAGGGGCUCCUCAUAUUACAGCGUUAGGUUUUCCAUAAAAUGCCUUACAGCGGUAGAGGUUUUUGAAGGAUGAUGUAAUUUUUAUUAAUGCAAUUUAGUUGUAUUAAGUUUGUUUUUGGUA